AUGUCCACUUCUCGGUUCGUCAUCGGCAUUGUGGUUAACAUUGUUGGUGCUAUUACCACUAAUUUCGGUACUGUUCUCAUGAAGUACCAUACAGCCGUGAAGCACGGCAAAGGGCACUCCCUCAUAAUAGGGCUGAUCCUCUUUUGCAUAGGCUCCGUUCUGACCUUCGGGUCCUUUGCAUUUGCCCCUCAGUCCUUGUUGAGUGGUAUUUCUGCGAUUCAGUUCGUGUCCAAUCUCUUCUUCGUGCACUACUUCCUCCAAGAACCCUUCACCGUCUUCAACGUUUGCGGUACAGUGGUUAUCAUUGGAGCAAUAGUCAUGCUGGUGGUAUCCUCGACCAAGUCUGAGGCCAUCAACAACGUUGACCAAAUGUUCAACGAUUUCUACUUUUCGGCGACUCACGGCUACUUUGUGCUGGGAUUGUUGCUGCUUAUAUGCUUCAUUGCUUUUGCCUUUUGGAUGAGGACUGGUGCUCCCAUUCUGUGGUUUACUCGUUCCAAAUGGCCCAAGAGGAUACAGUGGGAGCUCUCCUUGCCAAGAUCCCACAAUAGAGUUACCCGCUUCCUAGUCCCCAGCGGGUACACCUUUUGUGUAGCAGCAGUAGGGGCCCAGUCCGUGGUGUCGGGCAAAGUGCUAUCACUCAUAGUGACCCAGGCUUUCGGUGGCCAAGUUUCACAGCUGUACCAGGGUAGAACAUUCCUAGUGCUCUUCGCAUGGCUUUUCGCGGCUGUUUUCUGGGUAAUUCAUCUCAACCGAGCGCUGAGAAUAUUCCCGGGAGCAUUCCUGGUACCACUAACACAAGUUUGUUGGACCCUUUCUACCAUGUUAUCUGGCGGUAUUGUAUUCAAAGAAUUUGUGGCUAUGCAAUCGUGGCAGUUGGGUGUAUUCUUCAGCGGUACUGGAGUCCUCUUCUUUGGAGUGUUCCUCCUUAGUCCGAGGACCAGNNNNCAUCUCCCCUUCGUGGGCGGUCUCCCAGAAGAUCUAUUUACACCCUACACCAAAAUAGCGCGCGUUUUCGACGCUAUCAAGACCCAUCCAGCUGUUAAGCUUUGGGAAGAGAAGCACGAAGUGAUGACUCAGUAA